AUGCAGCAUUUUCUUACUCUAUUUCUCAUUUCUUUCUUUCUUUUUUUCUUUCUUUCUAUUUUGUUUGUUUUGUUCCUUCAUUUCUUUCUUUCUUUCUUUCUUUUCCUUCCGAUUUUUGCCUUUUUUUGUUAUUUUCUUUCUUUCUUUUUUUUUAUUUCUUUUUUCUUUCUUUCUUUAAUUCUUGUUUAUUUGUUUCUUUCUUUAAGUCUUUCUUUUUUCUUUGAUUCUUUCUUUUAUUUCUUUCUGUCUUUCGUUUCUUUCUUUCUUUCUUUCUUUAUUUCUUUAUUUCUUUUCAUCUGUCUUUCGUUCUUUCUUUCUUUCUUGUUCUUUCUUGUUUUAAAAACAAUUCUGUCUUUCAGAAAAAAAGGCUUUCUUUCUGUUUGGUUUCUUUUCAAAAAAAAAUUCUUUUUUGCUCUUUUGUUUUUGUUUAGAAUCUUUCUUUCUUUCUUUCUUUCUUUCUUUCUUUCUUUCUUAUUUCUCUUCUUUCUUUUUUUUCUUUCUUUUUUUCUUUCUUUAUUUCUUUCACCAAAAUUUUUUCUGUCUUUUUCGUUCUUUCUUUCUUUCUUUCUUUAUUUCUUGUUUAUUUCUUUUCUCUGCAAAGGUCUUUCUUUCUUUCUUUAUUUCUUUUUAUUUCUUUCUGUCUUGUUUUUCUUUCUUUCUUUCUUUAAUUCUUUUAUUUUCUUUUAUAUUCUUUCUUUUUUAUUUCUUUUCUCUUCUUUCUUUUUUUUCUUUCUUUCUUUAUUUCUUACUCUCUUUCGUUUCUUUCUUUUCUUUCUUUCUUUAUUUCUUAUUUAUUUCUUUCUGUCUUUCAUUUUUCUUUCUUUCUUUCUUUCUUUUAUUUUUGUUUAUUUCUUUCUUUUUCUUUUUUCUUUCUUUCUUUCUUUCUUUUUGUAUUUCAUUUCUUUCUUUUCUUUUUUACUUUCUUUCUUUCUUUAUUUCUUUGUUCUUUCUUUCUUUCUUUCUUUUUCUUUCUUUCAUUUCUUGUUUUCUUUCUUUCUUGGAAUUCGAUCUUUCUUUCUUUCUUUCUUUUCUUUCCAUUUAUUUCUUUGUUUAUUUUUCUUUCGUUCUUUCAGUUUCUUUCUUUAUUUUUUGUUUGUUCUUUCUUUCUUUCUUUCUUUCUUUCUUUCUUUAUUUCUUUCUUACUUUCUUUCUUUAUUUCUUUCUUUCCUCUUUUCUUUCUUUUUUCUUUCUUUUCUUAUUCUUUUUUCUUUCUUUCUUUUCGUUCUUGUCUUUCUUUCAGUAUCCUUGUUUUUCUUUCUUUCUUUCUUUCUUUUUCUUUCUUUCUUUUUAUUUAUUUCUCUCUUUCGGUUAGCCUCUUUUCUUUCUUUUCUUUCUUUUUGUUUAUUUCUUUCUUUCUUUCUUUCUUUCUUUCUUUCUUUAUUUCUUUCUUGUUUAUUUCUUUCUAAUUCUUUCUUUCUUUCUUUUUUUCUUUCUUUCUUUCUUCUUUCUUUAUUUAUUUUAUUUCAAUUAUUUCUUGUUUUCUUUCUCUUUCUUUCUUUCUUUCUUUCUUUCUUUUUUUUUCUUGUUUAUUUCUUUUUCUUCGUCUUUCUUUCCAUUUUCUUUCUUUCUUUUUAUUUGGUUUUUUUUUUCUUUCCCUCUUUAAUUUCUUUUCUUUUCUUGUUUAACUUUUGUCUUUCUUUCUUUCUUUCUUUCUUUCUUGAAAUCUUUCAUUCUUUCUUUAUUUUCAAUACAAUAUUUCUUUCUUUCUUUCUUCUUUCUUUCUUUCUUUCUUUCCUUUCUUUCUUGUUUAUUUCUUUUUGUCUUUCUUUCUUUCUUUCUUUCUUUCUUUCUUUCUUUCUUUCUUUAUUUUUUGUUUAUUUCUUUUUCUGUCUUUUUUCUUUCUUUCUUUCUUUAUUUUCUUUAUUAUUUCUUUUUUCUCUUCUUUUUCUUUCUUUUCUUAUUUCUUUCUUUCUUUCUUCUUUCUUCUUUCUUUCUUUUCUUUCUUUUAUUUCUUGUUUUUUUUUUUCUUUCUUUCUUUCUUUCUUUCUUGUUCUUUCUUUCUCUCUUUCGUUCUUUCUUUCUUUCUUUCUUUCUUUCUCUUUCUUUUUUUUCUUUCUUUUCUUUUCUUUAUUUCUUUCUUUCUUUCUUUCUUUCUUUCUUUUAUUUAUUUCUUCCUUUCUUUCUUUCUCUUUUUAA